CGCUUCUCUUCCAAGUUCCAUUCCAUUCCCCAUCAGCCAUCACCCAGCCGAAUCGAAACUUCCCCCAAACCCACCCGCGAAUCGCACCCAAUUCGACCGGGAAUCGCGCCAUCCGGCCCCCCGCCACCAUGAGCUUCUCGUCCAUGAGCAAGCAGCAGGUGCUGGACGCCGGCGAGGGGGCGGGGGAGGAGGUCGUGGAGCUCAUCCCGGGCCUGCCGGAGGAGGUGGCCGAGAAGUGCCUCCUCCACCUGCCCUUCCUCUACCACCGCCUCUUCCGCACCGUCUCCUCCACCUGGAACCGCUUCCUCACCGACGCCCCCGCCAAGCCGCCGCCGCUCGCCCCCGCCGCCGCGGCGGCGGCGGCCGCGGUGUCGGUGUCGUUCUCGCUGCCGUUCCUCUUCGCCUUCGCGUUUGACCCCGCGUCGCGGCGCCUCCAGUGCCAGGCGCUCGACCCGUUCUCCCGGAGGUGGCUCCUGCUGCCGCCGGUGCCCGGCGGCGCCGCGGCCGGGUCGUUCGCGGUGGUCGGGCUCCCCCGCCGCGGCGAGAUCUACGUGAUUGGGGGCGUGGAGGAGGGCGGCGACAAGGCCGUCCGGAGCGUGGCGGUGUACAGCGCCGCGCGGAACGGGUGGGAGGAGGCGGCGGCGAUGCGGACGCCGCGCGGGUACAUGGCGGCCGGGGAGGUGGGCGGGCGCGUGGUGGUGGCCGGGGAGGACGGCGAGGCGGAGGUGUUCGACCCGGAGGCCGGGCGGUGGCUCCCGGCGGCGCCGCGGUGCGGGGCGGCGGUGGCGCGGUACGACGCCGCGGCGGCGGGCGGGAAGCUGUACGUGACGGAGGGGUGGGCGUGGCCGUUCGAGCGCGCGCCGCGGGGCGCGGUGUACGACGCGGCGGCCGACUCGUGGCGCGAGAUGGCGCGCGGGAUGCGGGAGGGGUGGACGGGCUCCUGCGCCGUCGCCGGCGGGCGGAUGUACAUCGUGGCGGAGUACGGGGAGUGGCGCCUGAAGCGGUACGACGAGGCCCGCGACGAGUGGCGGAUGGUGGCCGGCGGCGGGGUGCCGCCCGAGGUCCGGCGCCCGCACGUCGUCGCCGGCGAGGUCGGGGAGGUCGCCGGCGGCAGGCGGAGGAUAUACGUCGUCGGCGCCGGGCUCGACGUCGCCGUGGGCACGGUGUCUGCCGCCGCCGCUGCCGGUGCCCCUCCUCCCCACGACGUCGAGGAGGAGGUGGUCGAGUGGGAGGUCGUCAAGGGCCCCGCCGAGUUCGCCGGGCUCGCGCCCUGCAACGCGCAGGUCCUCUACGCAUGAGGCAGGCCGCAGGCGCGCCCGCCGGACCCGGUGGAACGUCUCUGUCGCCGGACGAUGGCUCGGCCCAACUCGGCGCGCCCACGGCCCCACCAGCUCCGUCCGUACGGCGUCACCUUCUCGCCGGCGAAGCGCCGUGCUGGCCCACAUGUCAGCGGAACGUGACGGCUCCAGCAGGGCCUCGCCGGCAGGAGCGAGUGGCUCGCUGCUGGAAACCCACACCCAGAUGGAUUUUCGGAAGAACAAAAUAAAGAAACCCAGAUGGGCGAGCAGCGAGCACACAGGCUCGCCACGUGGGACCAGUCUGUCAGCGGGAGGGGCUGAAGGAUCUUUUUCAGCCACCGUCCUCUACUCCUCUACUAGCUCUGCAAGCAACAAAGCAAGCGUGCAAGCAGUAGAAUUUUUUUUUUCCGCUUUCGAGGUUUUCCUUGUACGCGUGUAUAUUAGUUUUGUAUUUCUGGAGGAACAAGAGAAGAGGAAAACAAAGAACGGGCCGGAUGUGAUGUCCGCGCCCAAGAAGAA